CGUAUUUGUUGCACUCGUUGUUGCAUGUGUCAAUGUCAGUGUUCUGAUUAUCGCAAUCGUCGAGAGGAAAACAGGCAAAAUAACUGAAAAGUGGGAGGAGAGCAUGUGCAUACAUACAUAUAGAGAAAUGUAAAGUGUCCAGCAGUCAUAAUAACCCAGCUCAAACAACGAGUGCCGUAACGUCGUAGUCAUUACCGCCAUCGUUUGUGGAAGCCGUACUAAUCGCGAGCGAGUAAGAAAGGGGUCAGUAAAACAAAGAAAUCAGCAAACAUUUGAUAAUACCGGCCGUCCCUUUUGCGUUAAGGUUUGAGCGCACUGCAGCUGCAAAUUUAGCUACAAAAAAAUUACAACCAACAUUCGCACCAAUCGAACAAAUACUAUAGCUAUUGGAAAAAAUAAAUAAUUAAAAAAAACGAAUCAUCAAAACCAAUAAAUUUUAGGCGCAAGCUAUAAAGUAAGAACCUUAUCAUUUGUAACUGCAGCGGCGUGGGAAGUGAUCGCAUAGAAAUCUGUCAGAAAGGAAAGGAGAAAAUUAUUCAAAUACAACCACAACAACAACAGCAACAAGAUGGCCACAACUGCACGUAGCGGGGCAAAUGCCAGCGGCAGCACAGCUCAGCGUCCCAACGGUACACAGCAAAAUAAGAAUUGCCAAUUCAAAUUGGUGCUAUUGGGCGAAUCGGCGGUGGGCAAAUCAUCGCUUGUGCUACGUUUCGUCAAAGGGCAAUUCCACGAAUACCAAGAGAGUACGAUAGGCGCUGCUUUUCUAACACAAACCAUCUGCAUAGAGGAUACGGUUGUAAAGUUUGAAAUUUGGGAUACGGCCGGACAAGAACGAUAUCACAGUCUAGCUCCUAUGUACUACCGUGGUGCACAAGCCGCCAUCGUAGUGUACGACAUACAAAAUCAAGACAGUUUUCAGCGUGCAAAAACCUGGGUCAAGGAACUGCAUAAACAAGCAUCACCAAACAUCGUUAUUGCCUUGGCUGGCAAUAAAGCGGACUUAUCAAAUAUACGUGUUGUAGAAUACGAAGAAGCAAAGCAAUAUGCCGAAGAGAACGGACUACUCUUCAUGGAAACCUCGGCAAAAACGGGAAUGAAUGUGAAUGAUAUCUUCUUAGCAAUUGCUAAGAAAUUACCUAAAAACGACGGAGCACAUAAUCAAGGCGCUCCUGCUGGCAGAAGGCUGAAUGAAAAUGAAAAUACCCGACAGACAAACAAUUGCUGCAAGUGAUGUCCUUUUGUAG